AUGUCCAUGUCCGCGCAGAUGGUCAUUGACGCGGAGGAGCAGCUCUCCCUGCUCUCGGUGAAGUCGGUGCAGCCGUCGCCGGAUACCUUGACCAAGCUGGUGAAGCGUCUGCGGACCCUCACGCUGACCCUACUCCCUGUUGAGGUGGAUCCUGCGAGCAUUAUUGAGCCUACGAGCCGGACGAUAACGCCAGCGGUCAUUGGGGCGUACCGCGCCGCGGCGGGGGACUUUGUCGAAGCUCUUCCCUAUUGCCUCCUUCGCUGCAGGUCGCAGUUCAUCCGGGAUGCGAACAGCAAUCCUGCCGACUAUGACGAGAACUAUGCACGCGCAAUCGCUUGCGAGGUUCUGGCUCGUCGUAUAGUGCACCUCUCGCCGCCGGAUAGGAUCCGGGUGGUCAUGUCGACGCGCUUCAGGCACCUUGAGUCCGACGGUGACGAGAGCGACAUGUCCAGUGCUCUGGAGCUGGCGAUUGACACGAACUGCACGAUUUUCCUGUCUUCGUCGGAGGCGCAAGAUGUCAUCAUGGCGCUCUGGCGCGGCGAGCUUGUGCAGCAAAACAACGAGCAGCAUGAUAUCGACUACGUGCCAUAUAGUGAGACUCGCGAAGCCACCUUCUGGGGUCACUUCCAUGCAUCGAGGCUCUCUGUUCCUCGAUUCCAGAAUAUGUUCCGCAUAUUCAUAUGGCUUUUCUUCCUGCUAGCGUACUCACAAGCAGUGCGUGAGCCGCUCGAGAAGCUACAUUCCGAAAGCAUGCCUUUGGAUGAAUGGGAGGUCGUCCUCUAUGUGUUUGCCGUCUCGUUCUGUUUGGAAGGUACAUCAAAUCUCUACUCAUCUCUUCUACAAUUCUUCAAGCUCCUCCGCUUCGCCACCUGGCGCGCCUUCACCUUCUGGAAUGUGGUCGCUAUCAUCACGGAUGCCCUGCUUGUCACUGCUCUGGCCUUGCGUAUAAUGAGCUUGACGCUGGAAGGCGACAAGAUGGUUGCAAUACGCGUGCGGACGUUCCAAGUGCUCAGUUAUGCUGCACCUUUAUUAUGGUGCCUCAUCACUGUAUUUGAUGGCUACAAGUAUAUCGGAACAAUGCAGAUCUGUGUUGCUCGCAUGCUGCAGGAGUCUGGGAUCUUCUUUGCGCUUCUCUCGGUGCUCGCCCUCGGCUUCGCACAGGGUCUGUACGCAGUCGAUGCAGCGGAUGGUCAAGUCGAGGAUCCGUCAACGGUCGUCAAUGUCCUGGUUCAAGCAUUACUCCAAUCGCCGAAUUACGAGAUCUUUGAGCAUAGCCCAGCGAGUCUUUGGCUUUACUACCUUUGGAACGUUGUCACUGCCGUUGUGCUCCUCAACGUGCUCAUUUCCCUUUUUUCUUCGGCCUACGAGGACGUGAUCGACAACGCGGAGGCACAAUACUUGGCGUUCUUCUCUGCUAAGACGGUGGGCAUGAUCCGUGCGCCCGACCACUACGUGUACCCGCCACCGACGAAUCUGAUCGAGAUUUUCUUCAUCGCGCCCUUUGAGCUGCUCGGCCUCAGCAAGGAGAAAUAUGCGAAGCUCAACCGCAUCGUCAUGUCUGCCCUGUUCUGCCUCCCUCUCGCGCUCAUCGCAUUGUACGAGUCGGGCUCAAUCGUCCAGAAAAACCAGUGGAUGAAGGACUGGCUGGCGGGCCCCGAUGCGAUUGAUGAUGAGUCCCCGGAGGCUCGCGAUCCCCAGGUCGACGACGAAGAGGGCAUCAUCAGCAAGGUGCCGUUUGAGGAGCUGAUCAAGGUGUUCCCGAAUACGCGGCAGUCGAGCGAGGCGACCAUCUUAAAGGAAGUCGACGAGCUUAGGAAGAAGCUGGACCUCAUUUUGCAACGUCUGGACCCGGCGUCGUCGGGGUCGACACUGAGGACGCAGGCGCAGUGA